UGGGAGGAGUGAAUCUGGCAGCAGUUUCAUCCGAAUUACUAAAUGCUGUUUUGAUGUUUGCAAAACGUAGCUGCCUUUCUCUGCACCACUUUACAGGACCAAGCAGACAGUUUCGACUUAACAAAGAUUUUCUCCAUAACAGCAUGUCUACAGAACUUAUUUCUGCUUCUUCAAAUGAACAAAUUCAGCUGUGACCAACGCUGACGGGACCUCUAUUUUUAAGACAGUAGGAGAAUGGCCAUAAACAAUGAAUCUGAUUUUAACAACAACACGCUUAUGUUCAGCACUGAAGAACCAACAACAAACUGUACAAGUGUCAUAGUGGACAACAUAAUAAAGGUUUACUUUCUACCAACAAUGUACAGCGUCAUUUUCAUCAUAGGAUUUCCAGGAAAUAUUAUUUCAAUUUCAGUGUAUGUUUUGAAGAUGCGGCCAUGGAGAACAAGCAUCAUCAUCUUGCUGAAUUUGGCCAUCACAGACCUCAUGCAUCUCUGUAGCCUCCCAUUCUUGGUUUACAAUUACGUUAAUCAAGAGCACUGGAGUCUUGGGGACUUCACAUGCAAGUUGAUCCGCAUUGUUUUUCAUUUCAACUUGUAUGGCAGCAUUCUUUUCCUCACCUGUUUCAGCAUCUUCCGCUAUAUUGUCAUUGUUCAUCCAAUGAAAUUUCACUCCAUUCAUAAACGGAGGUGGGCUGUUAUAGCUUGCGCAGCUGUAUGGGCGAUUGCACUAAUUGAGGUCCUUCCAAUGGUUAUUUUCAUGAGAGACAUACAAGAUACUGUAGCUUGCAUGGACUUUGCGGUGUCUCUUGAAAUUUACAAUGUACGCUGGUACAAUGCCUGUCUCACUACCAUUGGCUUUGCUUUACCAUUGUUGGUGGUGACUCUUUGCUACACCUGUAUCAAUUGUAGCCUGGCAAAUGGACCCUAUACUGAAGAUGUCCAAAAGAAAAAGGCUCGUAGGCUUGUUGUCAUUCUUUUGAUUGUUUUUUAUGUUUGUUUUUUUCCUUUACAUAUUUUUAGAGCUAUUCGUAUUGAAACACGACUACACGUUGUAAGUUGUGUAUAUGAAAGACAUAUUCAUGCUAUUUAUUUAGCCUCUAGACCAAUAGCUUCACUGAAUACAUUUGUCAAUUUGUUACUUUAUGUUAUGGUGGGAGGGAACUUCCAGCAGGCUGUUCAGUCAAUUUAUAAGUCCAAUCCUUAUAAACAGCAGCCAUAAUUCAUGCACUGGUACUCAUGCAUAUGUGAACCUUACUAAAAUGUACCAAUAACUGUGAUGCCGCGUACACACGAUCAGAAUUCCGAUAAAGCUGACUUCCAUCAGUCUUGCUUCAUCGAGACUGAUGAAGCAAGACUUCAUCAGUCUUUAGUUUGGACUAAAUUCCAACCGUCCAAAUUGCGGUGAUGUAAAACACUACGACGAGCCGAGAAAAAUGGAUUUC